AAAUGACCCUAUUGCCAAGUCUACCACAAGCUCUACCGCUCUAGUCCUCUACAACAUACUUACAGAUUCAGAUCCCGAUUUCGAACCUGAGCAAAAACACGCCAACACUUGUCCUCUCUUCCUAAAUUUCUGCAUUUAUGCUAAAACCCCUAAAACCCCAGUAGCACACAUUUACUCUAAAAUCCCCGAUUCAAAAGUUCUUCCCAAGCACCCACUUAUCAGUGAUUUGUGGGCAUACAUUUUGCCAGAAAUGCGGGGUUUGAUGACCUGAUUCAAUAUCCUUCUUCAGUAAAUUGAGUAAUUUUGAGUUGUCGAAUUUUUAAGGAAAAGUAAGCUCUGGGGAAGUAAGCUUUAGCAAAAUUUGGCAGUCAUAUGCUUGCUCUUCAUUGUGUUUUUUUGUUCUCUCGGUCCUAGUUGUAGUAAUAAAUAGGAUGAUGCGAUGGAGGAAUUACUAAAGAACCCGGUAUUUGCAAGCCAUCUUCUUGCUGCUUCAGGUUCUGUGGCAAUAGGCACUGCUCUAUCUUACCCUCUGGACACUGUCAAAACUCUCAUCCAAGUUGGUGCUAGUUCCAGCAAGAAGUUAACUGCCACUCAGGUUUUGGAAAGGGUUAAAUCUGUAUCGGGAUAUCCAGGUUUGUACUGUGGUAUUGGUUGGCUAACUGUGGGAAGAAUCACAGGUCUGGGUGCUCGAUUUGGGGUCCAUGAAUUUUUGACAGCCUUUUAUAAAGAUGGUCGGAUUGAUAAUUAUGUUUAUGUUUCUGAAGCCCUUUUAUCGGGAAUUAUAUCUGGGGCCUUAGAGUCUUGCCUGAACUCUCCAUUUGAGAUGAUAAAGCUUCGAAAACAGGUUGCUGCAGCUAUUCCUGUACCUAGCUCAAGUAAUGCAGCUACAAAAUCUGCUGCAGCUCCCAUGAUUUCAAGGUUACUACCUGGAUAUAUUCCCAAUAGUUUGGCAUUGGAUCGUACUGUCAACUUGUUAUUUGUUUUAUCUUCAAAAAAUCAUAACAUGUCCGAGGCCUUGAAAAAUUAUCCAUGGAUGAUGACUGGCUCUGGUAAGCCACCUGAUGUCACUGAUGUUAGACGACCGCAAGAUAUUGUCAGAUUAGAAGGAUGGCGUUCUCUCUGGAGAGGCCUUCGAACAGGUAUAGCACGUGAUUCUAUUUUUGGUGGCGUUUUUUUUGGCAGCUGGCAAUUUCUGCAUCUAGCAAUGCUUGAUUGGAAGGCUUUUGGGAUGGAUCCUCCUCCAGAAACAAAUGAUGAAAUCGGCCCUUUGUCCCCUUUAGUUGUUAGCCUGUCAGCUGGAUUUUCUGGGUCAAUGGCUGCUGCUGCUUCUCAUGGUUUUGAUACCUCAAGAACCCGUUCUCAGUGCAUUGUGCUAUCCAAGUAUCUGGCUAAGGAGAGGAAAUUUUUAAAAUGGAGCCAGCCUGGGAAUUGGUUUGAAAGAAUUGCUGGGAUGCAUCCGUCAGAUCGCAAUCUUCUAUUCCGGGGAAUUUCUGCGAGGAUGGCUCGGAGUGGUUUGGCAUCAUUUUUCCUAGUAGGGACUUACUAUAUGGCUGUUGACUACCUUAUUGCUAAGUCAUAACACCUUGAUUAUGGAAUACAAGCUAUGGAGCUAUGCUUCCAAAAGAUAAUCUAGAGAUUGUUUCUCUGUCACGAUAUGUGACCUUAAGCCAUACCAUGAAGAAAAAAUUCAGUACAUCUUGCAAUCUUUCUUACAGCUGGAGAAAAAAGGGAGCUGUUUCUUAGUCACAAUUCGCCAGAUAUUUUGCUAAUUUAUUUCGGUGACAAGUUCCUUUAGCUACCUGUAUUGCCUAGCUAUUGGUGACGUAAAUUAUCCAUUUGCUUUGUGCUUUCAAGUAAGCUAAAUACAUUUAGUCAUUUACAUUGGUAUUUUGAUAAACAGAUGUUCCAGAUAGUUGGAAAGUCAUUGAAAUUGUUGUAUAAACAAUCAAUUAGCUCAUCAUUAUUUCAUUGUUCAUCUUUUAA